CGCGCUCCGCCCCGCCUGGGCCCAGCCAGCCGCCUCCGGGGCCGCCCCCCGCAGCCGCCCGCGCCGCGGACCCGGCCACCAGGAUCAUGUGGUACGUCAGCACUAGGGGGAUGGCCCCACGGGUCGACUUUGAGGGGGCCCUCUUCUCUGGCUAUGCUCCCGAUGGCGGUCUCUUCAUGCCCGAGGAGCUCCCACAGUUGGGCAUAGAGACACUGCGUCAGUGGAGUUCGCUCUCCUACCCCAGUCUGGUAAAGGAGCUGUGCACCCUCUUCAUUGGUCCUGAGCUCAUUCCACGAGAUGUCUUAAACGAUCUGAUCGACCGAGCCUUCCACAGAUUCCGCCACAGAGAGGUGGUCCAUCUGUCCAGACUGAGGAACAGGCUGAACGUGUUGGAGCUGUGGCAUGGGGUCACAUACGCAUUUAAGGACUUGGCCCUGGGCUGCACAGCACAAUUCCUGCAGUACUUUCUGGAGAAGAAGGAGAAGCACGUCACCGUGGUUGUAGGAACAUCUGGGGACACAGGAAGUGCUGCCAUUGAGAGUGUUCAAGGAGCAAAGAACGUGGACAUCAUCGUUCUGCUGCCCCAGGGUCACUGCACGAAGAUCCAAGAGCUCCAGAUGACCACAGUGCUGAGGGAGAACGUCCAUGUGUUCGGAGUGGAAGGCAACAGCGAUGAGCUGGAUGAGCCAAUCAAGGCUGUGUUUGCUGACGUGGCUUUUGUCAAGAAGCACAAUCUGAUGAGUCUGAAUUCCAUCAACUGGUCCCGGGUCCUCGUGCAAAUGGCCCACCACUUCUUUGCUUAUUUCCAGUGCGUGUCAUCCUUGGACACCCAACCCCUGCCCCCCGUAGAGGUGGUUGUGCCAACAGGGGCUGCCGGUAAUCUAGCAGCUGGGUGCCUUGCUCAGAAGAUGGGCCUGCCCAUUCGCCUGGUCGUGGCUGUGAACCGCAAUGACAUCAUCCACAGGACCGUGCAGCGGGGAGACUUCUCUCUGUCCAAGGCCGUCGAACUGACCUUGGCUUCAGCCAUGGACAUUCAGGUGCCCUACAACAUGGAGAGGAUCUUCUGGCUGCUGUCGGGCUCUGACAGCCAGGGGACGAGAGCCCUCAUGGAGCAGUUUGAAAGGACCCAAAGCACGAGUCUACCCAAGGAACUGCAUGACAAGCUUUCAGAGGCCAUGACGUCUGAGUCCGUGUCGGAUGAAGCCAUCACCCGGACCAUGAGUCGAUGUUGGGAAGAGAACCAGUACCUGCUGUGCCCUCACUCGGCUGUGGCUGUGAGUUACCAUUACCAGCAGACUGACCGGCAGCAGCCCAGCCUUCCCCGGUGCUGUCUGGCCCCCGCCUCUGCAGUCAAGUUCCCAGAAGCUGUCCUGGCUGCCGGGCUGACCCCAGAGACCCCCGCAGAGAUCCGGGCCCUGGAGUUCAAGGAGACGCGCUGCACCCCGAUGCGGAAGGGUGACGACUGGACGCUGAUGCUUCGGAGCACCAUUGAGGGCCUGAGCUGGCAGCAGAGGGCUCAUUCCUGAGUGCUCCGGAAUAGCCGGGCUGGAUUUGACUUGAGUCAAGUUGCUCUGUUGCUCUUGUAUCAGGGUCCCCUGUUCUGUGAACCCAGGGCGGUGUCACAGCACCACUAAAUAAAGUCAAAGUGCCUCCA